GCAGUUGGAAAAUAAAGAGAAAGUGGACCCUCCCCGCCCCCAACACACACACACACCUUCCUGGUCAUGGGAGAGCGAGGGGAUGAAGUGUUAACAGGAGCUGGGCAGAGCACAACAGCAAUACAGCACCAGGGAAGUGAUGGUGAACUGGAGAAAGGGAAGAAACUGACAGACUAGGGAAACAGAAAGAGCUGUGAAAUCCACCCGGCAGCUGAAACCCUCUGCGAAUUCAUCAUGAUUCUCCAACAGCUAUUCAGGUUUUCCUCCAUUUUCCGCUCUGCCAUCUCAAUACACUUGCGUAGGAACAUUGGCCUUUCUGCUAUAGUGUUUAAUAAGGCGAAGGAACUUGAUCCAGUUCAGAAGCUCUUUAUAGACAAGAUCAGAGAAUACAACAUGAAGAGCCAGAAAGCUGGUGGUCCAGCUGAUGUCAGCCCUGAAUACCAGAAAGACAUGGCUGAAGAAAUUGCCAAAAUUCAGCGGUUGUAUGGUGGGGGAGACCUGACCAAAUUUCCAGACUUCAAAUUUGAGGAGCCCAACUUUGAAGAGCCUCAAAAAUGAUGUGGUUGAUGUCUGCAUUCCAAGCACUGGUGUCAUCUUUUUCAUGGGGUUGUUAAAUAGGCCAGCAGUUGUAAUUUAAUGUGGAGUUUCACUUUCAAAUACUUGUACUGUAUUGAGUUCAGAAGUCAAACAAGUACAACAUGAUCCUUGUGAACUGCCAUAUUCAUAAAAUUCACUUUUGGAAAUCAAA